GUUGAAAGUCUGAUAAUUGUUUAAUCUAAGCUUAAUGCAAAUAUUUAGCACAUCUGUUUUGAAUUCUUUGCCAAACUGUGAACUGUUAUGGGAUCACAAUUUGCGGCGUCAAGUAUCUAAUAUAUCAUUAUUUUCGGCACAGAACAAUGCGAGAACCAAAUGUUUUUGAGCAAUAUCAUAUUUGCCUAACUGCACAAAAGCAUCUAGGCAAAUAUCUAAAUUAUUAUUUAGAAAACACAUUUGGCUAACACUUGGUAAGGUAUAAAAAGAGCUAAAUCUGUCAAUUUCGCCAACAGUUAAAGUGGAGAUCUAGCUAUUGGUAGAUCAUGCGGUUAUAUUCUAUCGCUCUUUUGGGCGUAUUCGUGGCAUUCGUGGCCGGUGCUCAUAUCCAUGCCGGAACAGAAGUGAGCUCAUCUCAGGAGCUUCAGCCCCAAACGGCAACUCGUACCGGUCCGUGUUGUGAAAGUGUUCGACAAACUCUUCUUGAGAUACGAAAGGAUAUUCGUUUGUGGCUCUUAGAUCGUCUAUUCGGCAAAUUAAUACUUGUUCACGACGCUGAAAUUGCCGGAGCUGCUCCUUGUGCUAAAAAUCACCAAACCUCCGGCCAAAGUAGUGGAUCUUUGCAAUUUGAUAAAAUUCUUAACGAUAUUAAAAGGGCAAUGCCUCACAAUGACAGAACUUCCAGUCGGUUUGAUAAUCUGAUUAGUCGUGGAAAGAAUAAUCAAUCGAGCUCAACAACAUCAGCGACCACCUCAAUAAAAACUGAAUCCUCCGAGUCAUCGGGAUCUCAUUCUGGAAAUUUGAUCGGUAAUGGCAAUACCCACCAAUCAGGAACCUCUACGACAACAAGAUCUAAUCAGGCUACACAAUCUGGAUCAUCAGAAGAUCCAAUUAUAAAUGAAAAUAACAACUCCAAACAAUCCAACUCAACAACUACUAUUACAACUUCAGAAGAAUCGAAGCAGUCUAUUCCAUCCUUGGAUCUUAAUGUAAACGAAGGUUUUAGCUCGGACGAUAAAAAUAGUCAAUCUAGCUCUUCCUCAUCAACUACAACGGUUGUUAAAUCCAGUCGCCGUAAUAAGAGUGGUCGCAGGAAAAAUUCGAAACAUGGCAAAAAAGGGUGGAAAAAUUGGCACCGUUCCUCUACUAAGAGAGAUGGGUAUUCAAAAGAAAUUGAUUCCAAACAAAAUCCCAAUCAAUCCGAUGUAGAUAUUGAAAAUGCAGAUUCCAAUUCCUUUUUAACAUGGGAAAAAGAAGAUGUCAAAUAUGGUAAUAAAUUUAAAUUUCCAUCGUCUGAAAAACACGCUAAUUAUAGAAAUGGGCGUCGAAGCAGAAAUAAAAAAUGGUCCAAGACAACAAAAUCUACAAAAAAUUCUGGAUGGAAAAAAAACAAAUCCAAAUCUGGCUCGACUUCUGGUACAACAUCCAUAACAAAGUCUGAAAGACCUAAUAAUACCGGAAAUCAGUCUGGCUCGACAACAACUUCGACGACAACCACCUCCGAAGCAUCCAAUGCUUCCUCAGACCAAGUUGUUGAAGAAUCUUCAAAUACCGCCGUUGAUUCAGGUAACCAGUCUGGCUCGACAAAAACCACAACGACAACCUCCUCUGAAGAAUCCAAUGCUUCCUCUGAUCCUGUUGUGGAUGUAACUUCAAAUACCGGAAACCAGUCUGGCUCGACAACAACUUCGACGACAACCACCUCCGAAGAAUCCAAUGCUUCCUCAGACCCAGUUGUUAAAGAAUCUUCAAAUACCGCCGUUGAUUCAGAUAACCAGUCUGGCUCGACAACAACCACAACGACAACCACCUCCGUAGAAUCCAAUGCUUCCUCAGACCCAGUUGUUGAAGAAUCUGCAAACACCAUUGUUGAUUCCGGAAACCAAUCUGGCUCGACAACAACCACAACGACAACCACCUCUGAAGAAUCCAAUGCUUCCUCGGAUCCUGCUGUGGAUGUAACUUCAAACACCGGAAACCAGUCUGGCUCGACAACAACUUCGACGACAACCACCUCCGAAGAAUCCAAUGCUUCCUCAGACCCAGUUGUUGAAGAAUCUUCAAAUACCGCCGUUGAUUCAGGUAACCAGUCUGGCUCGACAACAACCACAUCGACAACCACCUCUGAAGAAUCCAAUGCUUCCUCAGACCCAGUUGUUGAAGAAUCUGCAAACACCAUUGUUGAUUCCGGAAACCAAUCUGGCUCGACAACAACCACAACGACAACCACCUCCGAAGAAUCCAUUGCUUCCUCAGACCCAGUUGUUGAAGAAUCUUCAAAUACCGCCGUUGAUUCAGGUAACCAGUCUGGCUCGACAACAACCACAACGACAACCACCUCUGAAGAAUCCAAUGCUUCCUCGGAUCCUGUUGUGGAUGUAACUUCAAACACCGGAAACCAUAACCAGUCUGGCUCGACAACAACCACAACGACAACCACUUCUGAAGAUUCCAAUGCUUCCUCGGAUCCUGUUGUGGAUGUAACUUCAAACACCGGAAACCAGUCUGGCUUGACAACAACUUCGACGACAACCACCUCCGAAGAAUCCAAUGCUUCCUCAGACCCAGUUGUUGAAGAAUCUUCAAAUACCGCCGUUGAUUCAGGUAACCAGUCUGGCUCGACAACAACCACAUCGACAACCACCUCUGAAGAAUCCAAUGCUUCCUCAGACCCAGUUGUUGAAGAAUCUGCAAACACCAUUGUUGAUUCCGGAAACCAAUCUGGCUCGACAACAACUUCGACGACAACCACCUCCGAAGCAUCCAAUGCUUCCUCAGACCAAUUUGUUGAAGAAUCUUCAAAUACCGCCGUUGAUUCAGGUAACCAGUCUGGCUCGACAACAACCACAACGACAACCUCCUCUGAAGAAUCCAAUGCUUCCUCGGAUCCUGUUGUGGAUGUAACUUCAAACACCGGAAACCAGUCUGGCUCGACAACAACUUCGACGACAUCCACCUCCGAAGAAUCCAAUGCUUCCUCAGACCGAAUUGUUAAAGAAUCUUCAAAUACCGCCGUUGAUUCAGGUAACCAGUCUGGCUCGACAACAACCACAACGACAACCUCCUCUGACGAAUCCAAUGCUUCCUCGGAUCCUGCUGUGGAUGUAACUUCAAACACCGGAAACCAGUCUGGCUCGACAACAACUUCGACGACAACCACCUCCGAAGAAUCCAAUGCUUCCUCAGACCCAGUUGUUGAAGAAUCUUCAAAUACCGCCGUUGAUUCAGGUAACCAGUCUGGCUCGACAACAACCACAUCGACAACCACCUCUGAAGAAUCCAAUGCUUCCUCAGACCCAGUUGUUGAAGAAUCUGCAAACACCAUUGUUGAUUCCGGAAACCAAUCUGGCUCGACAACAACCACAACGACAACCACCUCCGAAGAAUCCAAUGCUUCCUCAGACCCAGUUGUUGAAGAAUCUUCAAAUACCGCCGUUGAUUCAGGUAACAAGUCUGGCUCGACAACAACCACAACGACAACCACCUCUAAAGAAUCAAAUGCUUCCUCGGAUCCUGUUGUGGAUGUAACUUCAAACACCGGAAACCAGUCUGGCUCGACAACAACUUCGACAACAACCACCUCCGAAGAAUCCAAUGCUUCCUCAGACCCAGUUGUUGAAGAAUCUUCAAAUACCGCCGUUGAUUCAAGUAACCAGUCUGGCUCGACAACAACCACAACGACAACCACUUCUGAAGAAUCCAAUGCUUCCUCGGUUCCUGUUGUGGAUGUAACUUCAAACACCGGAAACCAGUCUGGCUCGACAACAACUUCGACGACAACCACCUCCGAAGAAUCCAAUGCUUCCUCAGACCCAGUUGUUGAAGAAUCUUCAAAUACCGCCGUUGAUUCAGGAAACCAAUCUGGCUCGACAACAACCACAACGACAACCACCUCCGAAGAAUCCAAUGCUUCCUCAGACCCAGUUGUUGAAGAAUCUGCAAAUACCGCCGUUGAUUCAGGUAACCAGUCUGGCUCGACAACAACCACAACGACAACCACCUCUGAAGAAUCCAAUGCUUCUUCGGAUCCUGUUGUGGAUGUAACUUCAAACACCGGAAACCAGUCUGGCUCGACAACUACUACCACGACAACCACCUCCAAAGAAUCCAAUGCUUCCUCAGACCCAGUUGUUGAAGAAUCUUCAAAUACCGCCGUUGAUUCAGGUAACCAGUCUGGCUCGACAACAACCACAACGACAACCACCUCUGAAGAAUCCAAUGCUUCCUCGGAUCCUGUUGUGGAUGUAUCUUCAAACACCGGAAACCAGUCUGGCUCGACAACAACUUCGACGACAACCACCUCCGAAGAAUCCAAUGCUUCCUCAGACCCAGUUGUUGAAGAAUCUUCAAAUACCGCCGUUGAUUCAGGUAACCAGUCUGGCUCGACAACAACCACAACGACAACCACUUCUGAAGAAUCCAAUGCUUCCUCGGAUCCUGUUGUGGAUGUAAUUUCAAACUCAGGAAACCAGUCUGGCUCGACAACUACUACCACAACAACCACCUCGGAAGAAUCUAAUGCUUCCUCAGACCCAGUUGUUGAAGAAUCUUCAAAUACCGCCGUUGAUUCAGGUAACCAGUCUGGCUCGACAACAACCACAACGACAACAACCUCUGAAGAAUCCAAUGCUUCCUCAGACCCAGUUGUUGAAGAAUCUUCAAAUACCGCCGUUGAUUCAGGUAACCAGUCUGGCUCGACAACAACCACAACGACAACCACCUCUGAAGAAUCCAAUGCUUCCUCGGAUCCUGUUGUGGAUGUAUCUUCAAACACCGGAAACCAGUCUGGCUCGACAACAACUUCGACGACAACCACCUCCGAAGAAUCCAAUGCUUCCUCAGACCCAGUUGUUGAAGAAUCUUCAAAUACCGCCGUUGAUUCAGGUAACCAGUCUGGCUCGACAACAACCACAACGACAACCACUUCUGAAGAAUCCAAUGCUUCCUCGGAUCCUGUUGUGGAUGUAAUUUCAAACUCAGGAAACCAGUCUGGCUCGACAACUACUACCACAACAACCUCCUCCGAAGAAUCUAAUGCUUCCUCAGACCCAGUUGUUAAAGAAUCUUCAAAUACCGCCGUUGAUUCAGGUAACCAGUCUGGCUCGACAACAACCACAACGACAACCAACUCUGAAGAAUCCAAUGCUUCCUCGGAUCCUGUUGUGGAUGUAACUUCAAACACCGGAAACCAGUCUGGAUCGACAAAAACUUCGACGACAACCACCUCUGAAGAAUCCAAUGCUUCCUCAGACCCAGUUGUUGAAGAAUCUUCAAAUAUCGUCGUUGAUUCAGGUAGCCAGUCUGGCUCGACAACUACUACCACGACAACCACUUCUGAAGAAUCCAAUGCUUCCUCGGAUCUUGUUGUGGAUGUAACUUCAAACACCGGAAACCAGUCUGGCUCGACAGCAACUUCGACGACAACCACCUCCGAAGAAUCCAAUACUUCCUCAGAUCCAGUUGUUGAAGAAUCUUCAAAUACCGCCGUUGAUUCAGGUAACCAGUCUGGCUCGACAACAACCACAUCGACAACCACCUCUGAGGAAUCCAAUGCUUCCUCGGAUCCUGUUGUGGAUGUAACUUCAAACACCGGAAACCAAUCUGGUUCGACAACAAUCACAACGGCAACCACCUCCGAAGAAUCCAAUGCUUCCUCAGACCCAGUUGUUGAAGAAUCUUCAAAUACCGUCGUUGAUUCAGGUAACCAGUCUGGCUCGACAACAACCACAACGACAACCACCUCUGAAGAAUCCAAUGCUUCCUCGGAUCCUGUUGUGGAUGUAACUUCAAACACCGGAAGCCAGUCUGGCUCGACAACAACUUCGACGACAACCACCUCUGAAGAAUUCAAUGCUUCCUCAGAACCAGUUGUUGAAGAAUCUUCAAAUACCGCCGUUGAUUCAGGUAACCAGUCUGGCUCGACAACAACCACAACGACAACCACCUCUGAAGAAUCCAAUGCUUCCUCGGAUCCUGUUGUGGAUGUAACUUCAAACACCGGAAACCAGUCUGGCUCGACAACAACUUCGACGACAACCACCUCUGAAGAAUCCAAUACUUCCUCAGACCCAGUUGUUGAAGAAUCUUCAAAUACCGCCGUUGAUUCAGGUAACCAGUCUGGCUCGACAACGACAACGACAACCACCUCUCAAGAAUCCAAUGCUUCCUCGGAUCCUGUCGUGGAUGUAACUUCGAACACCGGAAACCAAUCUGGUUCGACAACAACCACAACGGCAACCACCUCUGAAGAAUCGAAUGUGUCCUCAGGCCCAGUUGUUGAAGAAUCUGCAAAUACCGCCGUUGAUUCAGGUAACCAGUCUGGCUCGACAACAACCACAACGACAACCACCUCUGAAGAAUCCAAUGCUUCCUCGGAUCCUGUUGUGGAUGUAACUUCAAACACCGCAAAACAGUCUGGCUCGACAACAACUUCGACGACAGCCACCUCCGAAGAAUCCAAUGCUUCUUCAGACCCAGUUGUUGAAGAAUCUUUAAAUACCGCCGUUGAUUCAGGUAACCAGUCUGGCUCGACAACAACCACAACGACAAACACCUCUGAAGAAUCCAAUGCUUCUUCGGAUCCUGUUGUGGAUGUAACUUCAAACACCGGAAACCAGUCUGGCUCGACAACAACUUCGACGACAACCACCUCUAAAGAAUCCAAUACUUCCUCAGACCCAGUUGUUGAAGAAUCUUCAAACACCAUUGUUGAUUCCGGAAACCAAUCUGGAUCGACAACAACCACAACAACAAGUACCUCCGAACAAUCCAAUACUUCCUCUGACCCACUUGCUGAAGAAUCUUCAAACACCACUGUUGAUUCAGGUAACCAGUCUGGCUCGACAACAACCACAACGACAACCACCUCUGAAGAAUCCAAUGCUUCUUCGGAUCCUUUUGUGGAUAUAACUUCAAACACCGGAAACCAGUCUGGCACGACAACAACUUUGACGACAACCACCUCCGAAGAAUCCAAUGCUUCCUCAGACCCAGUUGUUGAAGAAUCUUCAAAUACCGCCGUUGAUUCAGGUAACCAGUCUGGCUCGACAACAACCACAACGACAACCACCUCUGAAGAAUCCAAUGCUUCCUCGGAUCCUGUUGUGGAUGUAACUUUAAACAACGGAAACCAUUCUGGCACGACAACAACUUCGACGACAACCACCUCCGAAGAAUCCAAUACUUCCUCAGACCCAGUUGUUGAAGAAUCUUCAAAUACCGCCGUUGAUUCAGGUAACCAGUCUGGCUCGACAACAACCACAACGACAACCACCUCUGAAGAAUCCAAUGCAUCCUCAGACCCAGUUGUUGUAGAAUCUUCAAACACAAUUGUUGAUUCCGGAAACCAAUCUGGCUCGACAGCAACCACAACAACAACCACCUCCGAAGAAUCCAAUGCUUCCUCGGAUGUAACUUCAAACACCGGAAACCAUUCCGGCUCGACAACUACUACCAUGACAACCACCUCCGAAGAAUCCAAUGCUUCCUCAGACCCAGUUGUUAAAGAAUCUUCAAAUACCGCCGUUGAUUCAGGUAACCAGUCUGGCUCGACAACAACCACAACGACAACCACCUCUGAAGAAUCCAAUGCUUCCUCGGAUCCUGUUGUGGAUGUAACUUCAAACACCGCAAACCAGUCUGGCUCGACAACUACUACCACGACAACCACCUCCAAAGAAUCCAAUGCUUCCUCAGACCCAGUUGUUGAAGAAUCUUCAAAUACCGCCGUUGAUUCAGGUAACCAGUCUGGCUCGACAACAACCACAACGACAACCACCUCUGAAGAAUCCAAAUCUUCCUCGGAUCCUGUUGUGGAUGUAACUUCAAACACCGGAAACCUGUCUGGCUCAACAACAACUUCGACGACAACCACCUCCGAAGAAUCCAAUGCUUCCUCAGAACCAGUUGUUGAAGAAUCUUCAAAUACCGCCGUUGAUUCAGGUAACCAGUCUGGCUCGACAACAACCACAACGACAACCACUUCUGAAGAAUCCAAUGCUUCCUCGGAUCCUGUUGUGGAUGUAAUUUCAAACUCAGGAAACCAGUCUGGCUCGACAACUACUACCACAACAACCUCCUCCGAAGAAUCUAAUGCUUCCUCAGACCCAGUUGUUGAAGAAUCUUCAAAUACCGCCGUUGAUUCAGGUAACCAGUCUGGCUCGACAACAACCACAACGACAACCAACUCUGAAGAAUCCAAUGCUUCCUCAGACCCAGUUGUUGUAGAAUCUUCAAACACAAUUGUUGAUUCCGGAAACCAAUCUGGCUCGACAGCAACCACAACAACAACCACCUCCGAAGAAUCCAAUGCUUCCUCGGAUGUAACUUCAAACACCGGAAACCAUUCCGGCUCGACAACUACUACCACGACAACCACCUCCGAAGAAUCCAAUGCUUCCUCAGACCCAGUUGUUAAAGAAUCUUCAAAUACCGCCGUUGAUUCAGGUAACCAGUCUGGCUCGACAACAACCACAACGACAACCACCUCUGAAGAAUCCAAUGCUUCCUCGGAUCCUGUUGUGGAUGUAACUUCAAACACCGCAAACCAGUCUGGCUCGACAACUACUACCACGACAACCACCUCCAAAGAAUCCAAUGCUUCCUCAGACCCAGUUGUUGAAGAAUCUUCAAAUACCGCCGUUGAUUCAGGUAACCAGUCUGGCUCGACAACAACCACAACGACAACCACCUCUGAAGAAUCCAAAUCUUCCUCGGAUCCUGUUGUGGAUGUAACUUCAAACACCGGAAACCUGUCUGGCUCAACAACAACUUCGACGACAACCACCUCCGAAGAAUCCAAUGCUUCCUCAGAACCAGUUGUUGAAGAAUCUUCAAAUACCGCCGUUGAUUCAGGUAACCAGUCUGGCUCGACAACAACCACAACGACAACCACUUCUGAAGAAUCCAAUGCUUCCUCGGAUCCUGUUGUGAAUGUAAUUUCAAACUCAGGAAACCAGUCUGGCUCGACAACUACUACCACAACAACCUCCUCCGAAGAAUCUAAUGCUUCCUCAGACCCAGUUGUUGAAGAAUCUUCAAAUACCGCCGUUGAUUCAGGUAACCAGUCUGGCUCGACAACAACCACAACGACAACCAACUCUGAAGAAUCCAAUGCUUCCUCGGAUCCUGUUGUGGAUGUAACUUCAAACACCGGAAACCAGUCUGGAUCGACAACAACUUCGACGACAACCACCUCUGAAGAAUCCAAUGCUUCCUCAGACCCAGUUGUUGAAGAAUCUUCAAAUAUCGUCGUUGAUUCAGGUAGCCAGUCUGGCUCGACAACUACUACCACGACAACCACUUCUGAAGAAUCCAAUGCUUCCUCAGAUCCUGUUGUGGAUGUAUCUUCAAACACCGGAAACCAGUCUGGAUCGACAACAACUUCGACGACAACCACCUCCGAACAAUCUAAUGCGUCCUCGGCGCCUGUUUCGGAAGUAACCUCAAGCAACGGCCAUCAAUCUGGCUCGACAAAAACCACAACGACAAUAAUCUCUAAAGAAAUAUCAAAUUCUGCUAAUUCCGGCAAAACUCAACAGUCUGGUUCCACAACUACCUCAACGACAACAACCACUUCCAGUUCAGGUGGCAUUGUUGGCGGCCACUCGCAACCAUCUAACAUUAACUCAGGCUCAACCAUUUCUGGGGGAUCUUCAAAAACUAGUUCUUCAUCUUCAACCAUAAAAAGAGGCUCUCGUUCUACAACAACUACAACAACUGUUGUUAAAGGAAGACCACAGUCUGGUAAUGAUAAGUCGAGCUCUAGUACCGUUGUAAUUCCAGGUGGUUCUCAGUCGUCGGCUACGUCGAAUACUUGGUCUAGUUCAUCAACUAAGACUACGAGUCCGACUAUCCAAGUGAUUAGAAAUGGCGGCAGCCAUAGUGGUACCAAUACUGGAACUCAUACAUCGCACACUUGGACGAAACAUUCCAGCUCAACCAAUGGCAAUACUUACCAACAAGGUGUACCCGGUGUUAUUGGUAAGGUGAUUCGGAGGGCUAAAGUAACCCUACCUUAUGAAGCAAAUGCUAGGGAUGCCCGACGUACAGGAACCACAUCGUGGUCUCGUCAAUCCAGGACUACAACAACAGAUGGAAGCGAUAGCUUGGACUUGAAUGCUGGAAACACUGGAGUCAGAUAUAGCUCAACUGGUACGUCUGGAACUCAAUAUGGAGGCAGCGCUUAUCCAUACUGGUGGGGUUCCCAAGGAUGGAUGGCACCAACAUGGGGAUAUCCAUAUGGAUCUGGAUGGGGUGCUGCCGCAUGGAAUGGUCGUUAUUUAACGAAUUAAAUAUCAUUUACGACAACUGCCAUACUUGUAACUUGUGUAACAGUUAUGUACGAUCAGUAUGACAGUUCUGUUCCUUAACGAUUGUAAAAUAUAUAUGCAUACAAUAUACAUA